AUGGCAACCCCUGUCUUCAAAGUUGGAAUGUUAUUUUCUAGCAUGGCUGAAUUUAGGAAGGCUUUGACAGCUUAUGGUGUGAAUGAGAGAGUAAAGAUUAGGAAGUCAAGGAAUGAAGCAACUAGGCUUGAUGCUCAUUGUGAGGAAGGAUGUCCUUGGAUGAUCAAGGUUUCAGAAGAGAGGAGGGAGGGAGCCAUUGUAGUGAGACAGCAUUGCAGUGAGCACACUUGUGAGAGGUACUGGGAGUUGAAGUCAUUGAUAGCUCCUUUCCUUACUCAGAUCUUCAUUGAUGAAUUCAGAGAUAACCAAAAGCUUGGUUUGAAAGCAUUUGCAGCAAAAGUACAAAGGAAAUUCAAUAUGUGCCCAAACAGAUUUAAGUUGGGAAGGGCUAGAAAGGCAGCACUUAACAUAAUCCAUGGGGAUGAAAAGGAGCAGUUUGCCCUGUUAUGUGACUAUGGGCAGGAGUUGAGGAGAGCAAAUCCUGGAUCAAGAUUCUUCCUGAGCACCAAUCAAAUUAAAGAAGCUGCAGAUGAUGUUCCCAAAGAGCAUCUAGCCACAUUGUAUUGGUCAUAUGAUGCAUGCAAGAGGGGUUUCUUGGAAGGUUGUAGGCCUCUGAUAUGCAUAGAUGGAUGUCACAUUAAAACAAGGUACAAAGGAAAUUUGUUGACAACAGUAGGCAUUGAUCCAAAUGACUGCAUAUAUCCUAUUGCAAUGGGACUAGUAGAAGUUGAGUGCACUAGCUCAUGGGAAUGGUUCCUGACAACACUAAGGGAUGAUUUAGGGAUUACAAACACUGGUCCUUUCACUAUCAUGAGUGACAGACUGAAGACAAACUAG